CUUAAACUCUCCUUCUCUCUACCAUGAAUAGCCUCAGAAGAAGAGCACCCUUUCUGGCUCUUAUAUUCAUUCUGACCCUGCUUUCUGCACUACUCUUUUUGGGAACCCAUAUCACAGCAACAAGAGCACCAGAAAAACACCUCCAUUUCCAAAAGCAUAUACAAAUAGCCCACUCUACAUGCCAAGGAACACUCUACCCAGACCUAUGUGUCUCAACCCUUGCCACAUUCCCAGAUCUUACCUCAAAAUCUGUCCCACAAAUUAUCUCCUCCGUGGUCAACCACACCGUGUACGAGGUAAAAUCAUCAUCCAACAACUGUAGCGGCCUAAGAAAGAAGCUCAAAAAUCUGAACCCACUUGAACAGAGAGCCCUCGACGACUGUCUGAAACUGUUAGAUGACACCACUUUGGAGCUCAAAACCACCAUUUCUGAUCUCUCCAAAAGCACAAUAGGUUCCAAUCAACACCAUGACUUGCAGACUCUGCUAAGCGGCGCAAUGACCAACUUGUACACGUGCCUCGAUGGUUUUGCUUACAGCAAAAAAAAGGUGAGAGACAGAAUCCAGGACAAGUUGCUUCAGAUAUCACAGCAUGUUAGUAACUCCUUGGCCAUGCUAAAGAAAGUGCCUGGAAUAAACAAAACAUCCAAAACUGAAGCUUUUCCCGAAUAUGGAAAGAUGAAAAGUGGUUUCCCCUCGUGGGUUUCCUCCAAAGACCGAAAUAUCCUCCAAGCUACUGUAAAUGAAACCAAGUUUGAUCUUGUUGUUUCCAAAGAUGGCACUGGCAAUUUCACCACCAUAGGGGAAGCACUAAAUGUGGCUCCGAACUCCAGCACAACCAGGUUUGUGAUACACAUAAAGGCUGGGGCAUACUUUGAGAAUGUGGAAGUGAUUAGGAAGAAGAGCAAUUUAAUGUUUGUUGGAGAUGGGAUUGGAAAAACGGUAAUGAAAGGCAGUAGGAAUGUUGUGGAUGGGUGGACCACUUUCCAAUCAGCUACUUUCGCUGUGGUAGGAGAAGGAUUCAUAGCGAAGGGUAUAACCUUUGAGAACUCAGCAGGACCAGACAAACACCAAGCCGUGGCACUGAGAAGUGGUGCUGAUUUCUCAGCCUUCUACCAAUGCAGCUUUGUUGGGUACCAGGACACUCUCUAUGUCCAUUCCUUGCGCCAAUUCUAUCGUGAAUGCGACAUUUAUGGCACUGUAGACUUCAUUUUUGGCAAUGCAGCAGUGGUUUUCCAAAACUGUAACUUGUACGCACGCAAGCCAAAUGAAAAUCAGAAGAAUUUGUUCACUGCACAAGGCAGAGAGGACCCUAACCAAAACACUGGCAUAUCCAUCUUGAACUGCAAGAUUGCAGCUGCUGCAGAUUUAAUCCCUGUUAAAUCUUCAUUCAAGAACUACCUGGGUCGUCCUUGGAAAUUGUAUUCAAGGACAGUUUAUCUGAAAUCUUACAUGGAGGAUCUGAUAGACCCAGCAGGGUGGUUGGAAUGGAAUGACACGUUUGCUUUGGAUACACUGUAUUAUGGAGAGUACAUGAAUAGGGGUCCAGGUUCAAACACAAGUGGUAGAGUUAAGUGGCCAGGUUAUAGGGUCAUCAACAGUUCCACCGAGGCAAGCCAGUUCACGGUAGGGCAGUUUAUACAAGGCAAUGACUGGUUGAACUCCACCGGCAUUCCUUUCUUCUCUAAUUUGAGUUAA